GAAUCAAAGAAAGCGGAACUCCGUAUUAGGUCAUUUAAAUUUUCCGGACUCAAAUUCUGUGACGCAGUUCCUGUUUCAGAAAACUAAAAUGGCGUCUGACACAGAGGUUGAUGCUGUCAACAAUGAAGAGGAAAUCUCCGAGACUCCAGCGGCUCAGAAGAGAGAGGAUAGGCUGAGAAAGUUCAGAGAGCUUCAUUUAAAGAGGAAUGAGGCCCGGAAGCUGAAUCAUCAGGAGGUGGUGGAGGAGGACAAAAGACUGAAGCUGCCGUCCAACUGGGAGGCCAAGAAAGCUCGUCUGGAGUAUGAGCUCCUGGUGGACCAAAAGAAGAAGGAAUGUGCAGAGCGUGGGGAAGACUAUGACCGCGUGAAGCUCCUGGAGAUCAGCGCUGAAGAUGCUGAGAGAUGGGAUAGGAAGAAAAGGAAGAAGAAGAACCCCGAUCCAGGAUUUUCAGGGUAUGCUGAAGCUCAGCUGAGACAGUACCAGAGACUGACAAAGCAGAUCAAGCCUGAUAUGGAGAACUAUGAGAAACAGAGAGAAGAGUGUGGUGAAGAUUUCCACCCAACCACCAACAGUCUGAUUCAUGGGACUCACGUCCCUUCAAAAGAGAGCAUCAAUCGCAUGGUGGAGGACGUUGAGAAACAGAUUGAAAAGCGUGCCAAAUACAGUCGUCGCAGGGCCUACAAUGAUGAUGCUGACAUCGAUUAUAUCAACGAGAGGAACGCCAAGUUCAACAAGAAGGCCGAACGGUUUUAUGGCAAAUACACUGCGGAGAUUAAGCAGAACCUGGAGAGAGGAACUGCCGUGUAAUCGUAGAGACUGUUACUAUGGAUGACGCUUCUCCAUCAGACGAGUAAUAUUUUUAGCUUUAUGUAAAAAUGCUCCUUUAUAGAUAUUUCUCUUCUCUGUGGUGGUGAUAUAAAACCAACCACUUUGAAGAGGUGUACAUCUUUGUGCUCACUUUGACCGUUUUAAUGUUGGUGAAAUAAUUUUACCUGGAGUGGUCAGGUGGACAUCUUUCUGUGUUGUUGCUUUUGGAUGUGUGGAUUCGUUUUGAUUUAAGUUGAAUAAAACCAUUUUCAAACAAAUAA